CACUUGCGCAGGAGGUUGGUGGGUGACACGCGUGUGGAGGAAGUGCAGUGACAGGUCUGAAGCUGCUCCUCACAGAAUCGGCUAAACGCUGUUAUUUAUUCUCAUUUAAAAAAUGUCGUGGCUGUUCGGCCUGAACAAGGGGCAGCCUGAAGUGCCUCCCGGUCUGCCGGUUCAGCCUCCACCGCCACCCCCGCCGGCCGGAGGCUCCAGCGGCGGCGGAGAUAAACCCAAGGACAAAUGGAGCAACUUCGAUCCCACCGGGCUGGAGCGGGCUGCCCAGGCGGCCAAGGACCUCGACAAGUCCCGACAUGCCAAAGAAGCUCUGGACUUGGCCCGGAUGCAGGAGCAGACCACUCAGUUGGAGCAUCAGACUAAAGUGAAAGAGUACGAAGCAGCAGUUGAGCAGCUCAAAGGCGACCAGAUACGAAUCCAGGGAGAGGAGAGGAGGAAAACUCUGAAUGAGGAGACCAAGCAGCAUCAAGCGAGAGCUCAGUAUCAAGAUAAGCUGGCCAGACAGCGAUAUGAGGACCAACUACGGCAACAGCAAGCCCUGAAUGAGGAGAACCUUCGCAGACAGGAGGAGUCUGUACAGAAACAGGAGGCCAUGAGGAAAGCAACGAUAGAGCAUGAGAUGGAGCUGAGGCACAAGAAUGAGCUUCUGCGUAUAGAGGCAGAGUCUAAAGCCCGAGCUCGCGUAGAGAGGGAGAAUGCCGAUAUUAUCCGUGAGCAGAUCCGUCUGAAGGCUGCAGAACACAGACAGACUGUCCUGGAGUCCAUUAAGACUGCUGGUGCUGUGUUUGGAGAAGGAUUCAGGGCCUUUGUGUCAGACUGGGACAAAGUCACAGCAACGGUGGCAGGUCUGACCCUCUUAGCUGUAGGUGUUUAUUCAGCCCGAAACGCAACAGGGGUGGCGGGACGUUACAUCGAGGCCAGGCUUGGGAAGCCUUCACUGGUGCGGGAGACGUCCCGAUUCACUGUGGGAGAGGCGAUCAAGCAUCCAGUGAAGACGGCCAAACGGCUGAAGAGCAAACCUCAGGACGCUCUUGAGGGAGUCGUACUCAAUCCUUCCCUGGAAGAGCGUGUGCGUGAUGUCGCAAUAGCAACAAGAAACACAAGGCAGAACAAUGGCCUGUAUAGAAAUAUCCUCAUGUACGGCCCCCCAGGCACAGGCAAAACUCUGUUUGCUAAGAAGCUGGCAAUGCAUUCUGGGAUGGACUAUGCGAUUAUGACUGGUGGUGAUGUGGCACCCAUGGGCCGCGACGGUGUCACUGCCAUGCACAAAGUGUUUGACUGGGCUAACACGAGUCGACGCGGACUUCUCCUUUUUGUUGAUGAAGCUGAUGCAUUCCUUCGCAAGAGAUCCACUGAGAAGAUCAGUGAAGACCUCAGAGCCACGUUGAAUGCAUUCUUGUAUCGCACCGGAGAACAGAGCAACAAGUUCAUGCUGGUGUUGGCCAGUAACCAACCGGAGCAGUUUGACUGGGCCAUAAACGACCGCAUAGAUGAAAUAGUGAAUUUUGCUCUGCCGGGUCCCGAUGAGAGGGAGAGGCUGGUGCGGCUGUACUUUGACAAAUAUGUGCUGGAACCCGCCACUGGAGGGAGGCAGAGGAUGAAGCUGGCCCAGUUUGACUAUGGUAAAAAGUGCUCAGAGAUAGCAAAGCGGACAGAGGGCAUGUCAGGAAGAGAGAUCUCCAAGCUGGGUGUGGCCUGGCAGGCAGCAGCAUAUUCCUCUGAAGAUGGCGUCUUGACCGAGGCUAUGAUCGACGCUCGAGUUGAUGACGCUAUCAAGCAACACCUUCAGAAGAUGGACUGGCUGCAUGGAGAGGCAGAGGCUCAGACCAAGACCCUUACACCUCCCCCAGCUGGGAAGACAGCCGGUGGAGACAAAAUGGACUUUACUCUGCCCCUCAGGGAGGCACCUCAGGCCAAGAAGGUGAUCACUCCAGUCUUUGAGAUGAAUACAAAACAAGAAGCCUCCCCAGCUGGACAGGACUGUGAAGGCGCUGUCAAAGCUCAGCUGGAUAAGGAAGACAAAACUGGAUCGUCUCCUCCAAAAGAUGGAACUCCAGUUUGAGUUUUAGAGUAGUUCGGUGGGGUGGCCUCGAUUAAGAUUCGUGUCCUGCUCAUUCGGCUAGUCUGUCAGUCUACGUCUUAAAGUCUGUUGGACUGCUGAAGACAGAUGAUGAGUUCAGCGGGUUGGGGGGAGAUAAUCAGUUAACAUUUCAAAACACAAAUGACGCCCGAGACUCAGUCUAAUAUAAUGUAUAGAUUGUAAAAGUGUACUUGACAUGGAAACCGGACUGUGUCUGUAAUAACAGUAUAUAAGUGUUGUGCACAGUGGAGUGUCUGUUGAAAUGAUUAAACGGAUCUGUUUUUUUAAACAGUAA